UAAAAAGGCAACCCAUUCGUGAGCAAAAACUGCCGCCAUGGAUGAUGAAGAUGUGGAUGUCUACUUUGCCAAACAUGAUAUCCAGAGCGUGGUGAGCGACAUCCUGUACGAGUUGGGCUACCAUCGCCCAGAGGAACUGGGACCUUUCUUGGCCAACUAUGUGGAGAGACGCUUCGGGGAGACCAACAUCAAGCGACGCGCUGGGAGCAGCAUCUGUUCCGUGCUGAAGGGUUGCGAUGCGGUGAUGGUCGAAUCGGGCGGCAGACAACCCAGCUCUGAGGAGCUGGCUGCGGGGCAAAUGCUUCUGGAGAUUCGUCAGCUGCGGCGGAAGUAUCUCAGCUUCGCCCCGCAGGCGGCUGGCAACAGCCAUGCCGCAUCCUUCACUGCCAUUGCCUGGAAGGA